AUGGCUUGGGCUGCUUCAAUCGCUCCCCUGGCCGGUGCAGUCGCGGUGGAGAGACGAGGCAGAACUGAUCGCACAGAGAAGGACGCUUCCCUCGCGCUCUUUGAUUCUGCUCGUGCCAAGCUCGCUGUGCAGACUAUUCCAGGCUUGCAAUCGCAGCUUGUUUGCCCCGGGGACGUCGUGUCCGCAGAGCCCGGCGCUUUACGUGGGCGUGGGGUAGUAGAGCGGCAUGACGGCAAGCUGGUUGCGACGACCUGUGGCGUCGUGGAGCAUGUGAACAAGCUCCUGUAUGUUCGGCCACUGAAGCAUAGAUACUCCGGCAGCGUGGGGGAUGUGGUGGUAGGGCGCAUUGUCGAGGUGCAGACGGAUAGAUGGGCCGUUGAAAUUGGUACUGCUCAGCUGGCAUACCUUCACUUGGGGGCUAUUCAACUGCCUGGCAAUGUGCAACGUCGCCGCACGGACGAAGACACUCUGCGCAUGCGGGAGUUCUUCGAUGAAAACGAUCUCAUAUCAGCAGAAGUGCAAAAGAUCCACGAGUCUGGUGAACUGGCGCUGCAGACUCGCAAUGCUAGGUAUGGAAAGCUCCAGAAUGGCGUGCUUGCCUCUGUGCCAUCGGUGUACGUGCGGCGCCAGGCACAGCAUCUGGUCACGCUACCACGCAUUGGCGUCAUGGUGGUUCUGGGCAACAACGGCUGGGUUUGGGUUUGUGCUCCGCCUAAGGUGGCUGGCUCCGGAAGGCAGGAGACCAUCAACUUUUCCCAGAUGGAUGUGCGCUAUCACAAGGUAAAUCCUGACAUGAGAGAGAGGAUAUCCAGGGUCCGAAAUGCGGUGAUUUGCUUGGUCGGCCAUGGCCUGGAAGUAACGCCUGAAAGCAUCACCUUCCUGUACGAACAGUCCGAGAAGCUCGAGCUUGCGGCAUGGGAGCUGCUAGAUGCUGCACGCUGCGACUCCGCGGGCCUCGUCGAGUGCCUCGCGACCGAGGCGAUGCGCAGCAGCGGCAGGAAUUGA